CAAAAAGCGCUUGCAUUGCCACGCCUAACCGCACUAUAAGAGAAUAUCAAAAGCAAAAAUCGCGACGACAUUCCGUGCAGUAGUGAUAAAAUUUACAACAUCAACAACCACAGUAGCAGCAAAGCUGCUACAGUAGCAACAGAAAAUCGUGAAUUAAGCAACAGAAAAGACUUCAGUCUUCAGUAAGGCGCUUCGGAGCAUAAACAACAAAGUGCGCUUGUGUCGUCGUCGUCAUCGUCGUAAGAGUUGCAAUCGUUAAAGUCGUCGUCGUAUAGCCGCAAUAUAGCGAGUGCAAUUGAUGAUUUGUUGGUGCAUAAAAGCACAUACAUUCAUAUAGAAAUAAAUAUAUUUAAAAGUGAACAUAUCCAUAAAAACAUAGUUUUCUGCUUCAGCGGCUAUGAUUUUUUUUGGACAUAUUUUGAUUUGAAUUUUUUUUUUUGCGUUUUUUUUUUUCAUCUGUGACCAUCGACUAUCGUGAAGUUGACCCUGCUACUUUGUGCAUAUUAAUGUUUUCUUAUUACAAUAACAAUAAAAGCUAGAAACAUACAUACAAAUAUAUGUACGUAAGUAAGAGAGAUACCAAAGAAACAAAGUGCAAAGAAAAACGUUUCAAAAAAUAGUUUUUUCGAAAUUUUAAGAAUUUGAACAACCACUACAAGUAGUGAACGCACGCGUCAUGAAAGCUAUAGCAAGUACAAAUCGAAUAAAAGAAUUCGCCUACAAUUAUAGCGAACCCAGCACGAAUAUCACGCAAGCUGUUGUCAUGGCGAGCGAUAGCAACCCUAGUAGCAGCGGCAGCAGCAACACACUUCCACUUGACUACAGCUCACCCGUAUGCGGGCCAAGAAAAACAAUGGCAAAGAAUGAAGAAUGUUCCAGAGCGGAGCAAAGUGCGCCAGCAACAGAAACAGCAACAGCGUCAAUCGCCAAGGAGCUGGGUGCGAGCGCUGGAAGCGAGGAUACAACUAAAUUGAUUUCAACGGCAAUUAAGUUCAUCAACAUCAAUAACAACAACAGCAACAGUUGUAGUAAUAACAGCAAUAGUGACAAGCAACGAACAAAUAGUCGAAACACGGACGCUGGCGACAGCAACAAAUCAACAUCGAAAUCGACAGGCACAACAACAACGAGUACGACUGUUGCUAAAUCAGCAGCAUCGAAGUUUAUUAAUUCUCGCAAUAAAUUGACGACAACGACAAUUGUUGGGCAACAAGAAAAAGGUCGUACACAGGAACAACAACAACACAAGGAUGAGGAGCAGCAGCAGCAGCAACAACAGGCUGAACAAAUGUUUUUGUUGCCCACAACAAGGGACCUCAAUCAAAUCAAUUUAAAAUCAUCACUGUAUGUUGAUCAACAACUAUGCAAUGGCGGCGACAACAACAUCAACAACAACAACAGCAACAAUAGAAGCCUCAAUCAACGGAAUGAUGUACAAAGUAAGUUGAAUACAAACGUCAGCAGCAACAGUAACAACAAUAAUAAUCUGAACAAUGCUAAUAAUAUUAAUAAUAAUAAGAAGAAGAAGCAGCAGCAGCAGCAGCAGCCACAACAGCUAAACGAGAUGUCCAGGGUGGCGUAUGAGGUACUGAAUAAUAAUAAUAGUAAUAACAACAAUAGCGCCAACGCCAGCAAUGAAGCAAAUGAUAGUGAGCACAACAACAACAACAACAACAGGGGAAAAUCGCAAGUGAAUGCGAAGAAGCAGAAGAACAGCAACAACCACAAUGACUUGGAGGAGCUGGAGCAGCAGAAACAGCCGCCUCGCCAGCAAUCACUGAUAACCGUGGCAAAGGCGGCGCCCGCACAGACGACAAUUGUCAACGAACUAAAAGCCACAACGAAAGUGAGAGCAGAGAAAAUUGCCACAACCGUCAUCACGCCGAUAAGAAAAGCAGUCGCAGCAACAACAACAACAGCAACAACAAUAAAAACGCCAGCAAUUGAAAGAGCGAAAACGUCACAGCUAACGUUGCGCAAAUCGCUCUCCACGCCAGCAUCUUUUAAAAUUGGCGACGUCGCUUGGAGCACGUUGAGCACAAGUAAUAACAACAACGAAAUUAAGCAAACAGAUAGCAAAGUUAAGAAUAGCAACAACCGAAAGCUGAUUAUAAGUUCGAGCAAAACAAAGAAUGAGACUGUGACUGUGGAAGUGGAAGUGACGAAGCAGGAGGAGGAGGAGAGGAAGCUGUUGGAGUUGGAGUUAGUGUGCGGCAAUAAAGAUGAUAGUGGUGGUGGUGGUGGUGGUGGCGAUGGCGUUAGCACUGACAGCAGCCGUGGCAAGUGUACAAAGCCAGCAAUGGCUACACCGAUGACAAUCGCGAACUUAGUGCCACCAGCUGCAGCAAAUAAUACAAAAGCUAAAUCGGCAAAUGCUUCAAUUGAAGAAGCAAUAACAUUCACAAAAGCUAUAACAGCAACAAUGAAAAGUACAGCAUGUACAUCAACAACAACAACAAAGGCAUCGGCAACAAUGGAUGUCGUAAUGCGUUCACAAUAUGUCGCGCAUGCGCCGCCGCAUCAACACCAACACCAUCAACACCAACACCAUCAACACCAGCACCAUCAACACCAACACCACCAUCUACAGCAGCAGCAGCAGCAACGUCAUCAUCAGCAGUCAAAUACGAAAAUUGUAAAAGCCAAAACUAAUGAUAAUAAUCAAGUCAUACACGACGAUGUUAGCGUCGUUGCCAGCACGACAACCGCCCCAACGCCAUCGUCAUCAUUGCCGCGUCCAAACGUUAGCUUCGAUUUGGAUUUGCGCUUUGGUUGUGCGCAUUACAAGCGACGCGCUAUGUUUGUGACUCCCUGCUGUAAUAAAUUCUACAAGUGUCGAUUCUGUCACGAUGAGAACGAAUCACAUCACUUCGAUCGUAAAACGCUAACCGAAUUGAUAUGUUCCGAAUGCAAUACACGACAAAAGGUACAGGAGCAAUGUGAGGCAUGUGGCACGCGAUUCGGCAAGUACACCUGCCUCAUUUGCAAUUUGUUCGACGACACCGAUAAGAAGCAAUAUCACUGCAAUGGCUGUGGCAUCUGUCGCAUUGGUGGUGCUGAGAAUUUCUUUCAUUGUGAAGUUUGCGACAUGUGCCUGCCCAUCAGAUUGAAGAUCGACGGUCAUCGGUGCGUUGAGAAUAUUUCGCGUUCACAUUGUCCGGUAUGCCUAGGCGAUAUACAUACAUCACGCAUACCAUGUCACAUACCCGAUUGCGGUCAUUUGCUGCAUAAGACUUGCUUCGAUCAGUUACUCAACUCUGGACAUUAUACAUGUCCUAUUUGUCAGACAUCGUUAAUUGACAUGACAGCGCUGUGGGAGUAUUUGGAUGCGCAAGCGGUGUCAUUGCCGGUGCCAAAGAAGUAUGAGAAUCAACGAAUACAUAUUUUUUGUAAUGACUGUCACAAGACUUCUAAAACCAAAUUCAACUUUAUCGGCCUUAAAUGCAUGCAAUGCGGUGCCUACAAUACAACUCAGGAUGUGAAGCGGCGCAUGUCGCUGGUGACAGAUGAACCCUCGUCGGCAUGACGGCACACUCUUUAUUAUACAUAUUUACAUACAUUUCUUUGCAAGUAAAAUUGUUGUAGGAUUUUUUUUUGUUGUUGUUUGGCCGUUAAAUAAUGGAACUCUUGCCAUUUGAGAUUGUACACUGCUGGAGCGCCGCCUGUUUACGCUGCACAAAAAUGCUACAAGGCGUGAAAGUCUUCGAAAUACUGAAAUGGGUAUACUAUUUCACAUGCCUGAUACAUAACAAACAACAUUUGGGCAAUUCGGGUGCUUUAGCAGCUUUACGUUAACUAUUGCGAUAUUUGAAUGAAUGUGUAUGUAAACUACUCCAACUUUAGAUUGGGCACAAACUGUUGGCAAUGUUCAACGCAAGAAGUCUUUGGUAUGGAUAUAGAGUUAUAAAUUCGAUUUAUUGUCGCAAACUGAAGAAAUAAAAAUAUUUAAUAAAUAAACCAAAUGAUUUCAAUAAUUGAACGCAUUUUA